AUGUCCAAAUGGCGACAGAAAGGAUUUGUCCAGGACUCGGAUGAAGAGGAGGAUGAGUCGCAGCUUGAGAGUCAGGCUUCCGAGCACAAUGCAGCCUUGAGUGGACGCGUCGAGCGCGUCCAAGGUAGCGCCGAGCAUGAGACGACAACAAAAGUGGUCCAAGAGAACAGGAAAGAUGGUGGAGCCAACAGCUAUGCCACUGGAAAUAUCAAACAGUCAGAAAAGGAGGAGACUACUGUUAAGACGCCUACGAAACAGAUCUCGCUGCGACGUCCUACGCCUUCACCAUUCACGCCCCGAGUGCCUACAGAGAGCCCCGACCCGCUACAAAGCUCCCCUACGCCAAAGACUCGACGAAUACUGCCACCUCCUCUGCCUCCACCUUCAUCAUGCCCGAAUCUUCAGCCAAGUUCUGCAGUGUCGAUACCUCAACUCAAUGACGGCGUUAAUUUGCCUUCGCAAUUCACAUCAACCCCGACAAUUCCACCUCACGUAGCGUUUGCAGAUAAUACAGGGAAUAACGCACAAGCCCCGAACGCCUUGAAUGAUUUUGGUAUUGCGCCUUUGUCAGACAACUCUGACGAUGAUCUCUCAGACCCACCUACGGAUAUAGAGUCGCCGCCCCUCUCAUUCGUCAUGCCCCAUCGCCGUACUGCAGUUCAGGUAGUUAUACCUUCCUCAACCGCUUUACAGAGGCAAAUCGCCGAUGAUAGGGCAGGACGCGAGUUUCGCCAGCGGAAGCCCAUCCAAUUGCAUCCCUAUGUAUUAGAGGACCAGAUGUAUCGAAGAAAGGUGGAGAGUAGAGGUUUAAAACCAGUGCGAAGGGCACGUUCACAGUCCCCCCAACGCCAUCCUAGGCAUCAGAAUGAUGAGUCCCAGGAGCAGGAAUUCAAUCCAGAUCAUAGUCCAAGAAGUAGCCCCCCUGACGCCGAAAUCCCGGUCUCUACACCUGUAGUGCCGCACCAAAGAAAAGAUGCGCACAGCAUAACUACAAUUCGUCUUCCUGUUUCUGCGCCCAACAGACGUCCUCCUGCUACCCAGCUCCGCCAUCCACACGCAGCCAAGCGCCGGAAGCUCAACUUUGCAUCCACACAAGCUGAUGCACCACCGAGGAGCAUUUUCGAAGAUGCAGAUCUGCCAAAUGACAUAUGGUCAAUGCCUCCAAAUUCACCACCAGAUUCAAGUAGUCCGCCGUUGAAUGGGAAUAGACCAGCUCGUCCGGUUGGUGGGCUUCGGGUGAUGACCCCACUUCCAAAUCUGCCUACGCCAUCAACAUCUUCUGUGAUGCAGGAGGAUCCUCAACAGUUACCCGAAUCCGACUCUGAUCCAGUCCCACGUAGCGUUCAAAGGUCUGGCAGCGAGCUUCGCCGGCCUACCAGGGUUAUCAUCACUGAUAGCUCAUCUUCCGCCGAGUCUGGCAGUGAAGCAGAGCAAAGUGACAAUGAGUUGCAGCACGUGGGCAGAAAGAUCAAGGGUGUCUUGCCGGCAUCGUGGUUGAGAUUUGAUCGACAGGCACAAGAGCGGCGACAAGCUCAACAACGUGCACGUGAACGAGCGAAUGUUGCUCCUUCCCCAGAACCGACAGAGCCUUUACGCGGAGUCGCCCAACGGGUCAGAAAGCCUGUCGGCCGACCCCGGCAACUCUCAGCUUCCAAUACACCUUCUAAAGACCCUGUUGUCAUAUCUGACGAAUCUGAAGACGGACUUAGAGCACCACCUGUCUCGCGUCGUAGACAUGAUGUCCAAGCUACUGUGGAAGAUGCGUCUGCGCUAGCUGCGAUUUUUGAUAGUCGCUACGCCGACGACGACAACUUAUCAGACAUGGAGCAUGAUCAUUUACCUCUCCCUACACUUGGAGGGACUGGCGCAAAGCGGAAAAGACAGACGAAGCUCGCAGAUGCCUUCGCUAAAUCGAAGAAAGUAAGAUCCUCUAGUAAUGUCACAAGGGCUGCUGGUCAUGGGAAACAGUCGUCUAUUGGUCAGUUGGGCAGGAGAAAAUCCGGUGCUCCUAAGACGCUUCGCCGGACUCCACCGCCCGCUAUGAGCGUGGUUGAUGUCGACCUUUCAUCCACUCAAGCAGGUGGCAACGUGCCACAAUUCAUCAAGGUUGCUAGGCGUCAAGCGCUCCGGAGACCCGACCUAGCCCGUCAGAGUCCCAAAAACAAACAAAUCCGACUGUAUAACGCUGAGGACACAAGCGAAGCCAAUGUCAUCCUUCAGCAAUGGCGACAGGGUACUUUGAAACCAAAAGCAAGUACCAAAUCGCAACAACUCAAGUACCGACACCCUUUGGAGAACAGGACCGAUAAUCAACAACAUGCGGAUGUCCAGUCGCGGAAGGAUGCGAUGUCUGCCAAAGGUCUCGACAGACAAUCAGAGCCCGAUACGAACAACUCACGUCGGCGUAAAAACAUUCCUCAAGGCCUUCACAUAUUUCAGCGCUCUUCAACCCAAAAGUCGAAAUCUGCCCAACGAGGGAAGAAGACCAAACUGCCCAGCAAUCCUCCUGCACGAGCAGCCCACAAGGGAUCACUUCCUUUCAGAACAGCUCAGUUAGAGGGUGAUGAGGAUGACUUUGGUCGUGACCACAGGAAAGUUGCGUUUGAGAAGGGACUCCUGCGUGCCGAUCAACGAUUUGGCCCUCAGCUUCCCAAUGAUCAGCAUUUCGUAAAUCCUCAAUUAGCACGAUAUCUUGCAGAUGACAGUGCCGAAUUACCACCACUUCCUUCUGCCAAGGAUAUAGGUGAGCGAGCUACCGAGGGUCCCAGAGAACCAGGCCCCACCGUUAAAAGACGGCUGAAAAGAAAGCCUACAGCCAAAAGGAUUGAUGUCGAUUCAAGAGAAUAUCGUCAGCCCAGUGAGCCAGCCGUUCAAGAGGUACUAAAAAACGUCGAUGUUGUUCAACUGCCAGAAGCGGUAUCGGAGCAUAACCUACCUGUGCUCAAUGGCUUGGGCCCUUAUGGCACGCGAUACCCUAUUACAUUUGAUGUACACUCGCUGGCGUCUGAUACGUACUUUCACUCAUCUACCUUCAUUGGGUCCGAGGAAUUUCGACGGGCACUGUCCGUUGACAAGCCGAAUGGUCGCGACCUUGAAGACAGCGCCGGUCACUUUACCAUUAGCCAUUUCGGUCAAUCAGUCAGAUGCGGUCCCUGGAACGACGAGUUAUCUUCUAGAUUGUCCGAUCUGGUCAGGUCCGCGUUGGCGCCCACAGAAGUCCAUACCUCCGAUACAAGUACAUCACCAGUACAAGACGGUUUGCUCCAUAUGUCUGCAUUGGUACGAUCGCUCAUUAUGUACAUCUCCGAUUAUUUGAGCUUCUUGGAUCCGAUUGACAGAAAAGACUGUGUGGUCAAGCUUACCCACCUUUGCCAGUUGAUCUUCGAUGGCAUAUUGAUUGCCAGUGACCUGGUUGGCGGUCUAAGUCCUGCCAAUGGGCAGUGUGCUUUACGCACCAUGACCUAUCUGCUUGUUAUGAGUCAACAACUAUACCGCAUCGCGCAGCAUACCAUUGUUGAUCCAAGCAGCCAAAUGGGGACCAAAACUCUGGUCGAGAGUGUAUCAAAGACAGUUGUGAACAAUCUCGUACGACACAGCAUCGAAGAGCUUGGCAACUUUCUCGAAAGAAACAAGCGACAUUCGGUACGAGAGAAUGGCAUACAGGAUAAUGACGUUGUCGUCGAGAGUACUGUGAUCUGUAUGCACGUAUUGGAUGAGAUGGAGAUGCCAGCCUGGAGCUUCUGGGAUCUCACCAGUAAAGAGCUUUGUCCUAGAGUCGCCAGCGCUACUCAUGUAUCUGUCAUCGAAACGACAUGGGCCACGAUGUUCACCUUUCUUCCAUUCAACGAAAUCGAUGUGUCCGGAAUCCCACUAAGAAGUCGAAGAGAGACAUUUCAAAACGACAAUUGGACAUGCAUCAGGGACUUGUUGCGAAGAUUGUUUGAGCUGUACCCAAGUACAUACAGGAAGCAUAGUUCGUCACUCAACGACUACGUUCGCGCCAACCUCGCACGUGGCCACAGACUCAUGACCUACUGGCACUGGAGACGCCCGGAGCUGAUGCUCAAUGUCGUAAUUGACUUCUUCCGCACAAAUGGCCUGAAGAGCCUUCGACGCGAAGCAGGUGGUGGCUCAGUCCCUUUCUUGAAUAACCUCGUUGCAGAGCAGUCGUUGACAAUUGAACAAAGUGAGAACUCGUUUCACAUCACACUCAAGUGUCUCGCUUUGGGCCUUCAGGGAAUGAAAGAUGCUUAUCCAGAGAAGAAGGUCCGUAGCUUUGUCUUUCGAACUGUACCUAACCAUGGACGGGCAUAUCCCAAGGACCAGCCUCUAGACGAAGAGAAUCUGGUGGCACUUCGCAAUCACCACGACCUAGCCUCUACACUCUACUGGGCUGCACCGUCAGCAUGUCGACCCAAUCUCGGCAACAUUCGCGACUUGGUCAACCACGAGAGCUCUCAUCGUGAGGCUUGCAGAGUGAGUGUCCGUGCUUGGGCCAAUCUUGCUGCUUUCCAACUCUCGACCGAUGAACCGUAUUCUUCUGCACAACCUUUCGCGUUGUGGCACAAGGACAUCAUGCACCAAACCCUGAAGCAGUACAAGCUCGCGAAAUCUGAGGCUGACGACUAUCUGAAGUCGGGUGUUCUGGACGGAACGACCGAUGUAUCUAUGGUGAUGGUUCGUCAAACAAUGGAAAGGAAUCAAGAACAGGUCAUCGCCACGCUUCGAGACUCCAUCGCGGGCAUGAAAAAGGUCACACAGAACGCGAAUGAUCAGUCGUUUCUCAGGCUGUUUCUAAUUGACUCCGACAUUAUGCAUCUGCUCGAGCUCCCCCUUUUUGAGGAUCGCCGCCUCGCCAGUGUCAUUCGGGACACUCUGCAGCUUCUCCAAGUCUUCACAGCGUUGCAGAAAACGAAGUCAAAAGGAGAAGUCAGUCAGCAGACGAGUGAGGAAAGUCAAGACUAUGGUGACUUUCCGGACAUGGAUGAUUUGGAUGGAGUCGCGUUGGACGUUCCAGCAAGGGCAGCCCAGGAGUCCGGUCUUGACUUUAUCCAUAAACCACUUUGGCACCUGCUUUCCAACGCAUUUGGCGCUGAAAAUCCACCAGAUGAGAAUCUGCUGUUGGAUUGUGUCGAUACUUGGAUCCGUAUUGCAGAAUGCCAGGUUGCAUCGGGCGAGAGAUCAUGGCCAUACUUUCUCGAAUCCUUCAGCCCAGUCUCAUGGGGCCAACUUCGACAAACUGAACAGACACGUAAAUUCAGUCCUUACUUUAUGGCCGCGAUUGUCGAUCGUGACGCAGCCGUAUACGAGGAGCACCGACACGAAUUCUUCCACGCCCUACUCACGUGUCUAGUUGAGCGCGAAUCCAUGCUCAGGUUCCAGUCGAAACUCCUGCUCGCCAUAGCACGAACAGACGACAAUCACUAUUUGAUGCAGAAUCUUCCAUUCUUCCGCGAUCUCGAUACGGGCGAAUGGGAUAUCACACCUGACACGCUACGCUCACGUCGCCUCAACCUCAUCUCCAGCAUCCUAUCCAACAUACGCGACCACGUACUCACCACAUCACUGUCCGACUCCGCCCACGUCAGCGAACUGAAACGAAGCUACGCCUCGAUGCUCAAAGAUUUCAUGACCACAAUGCGACACAACUACCAGCAACUCCGCCAAGGUACCACCGUCACAGGCGCUUACGUAGAAUUCGUGCAGAAAAUUGUACAGUUCCUCAAACAAUACACCAGCGACAUCUGCCCCGUCCUGCCAUUUUUCACGGACUCUGUUGCCUUUCCCCUCCCCGCCGCAGACCCCACAUAUGUCGUCGCCCGCCUCUGCGGCUACGCGCCCAAGCUAUUGGACCCAGCGACCGCGAAACAGCUAUCCGUCUUCGUACAAACUGUGGCUCAGCAAGCGGCUGCAGAUACUCAGCAAACAUAUCUCGUCAAUCAACUCCGCACUGCGCUUUGCACAAACGAAGCGCCAACUGCUGAUCGCAUAGCCCUACGCGAUGUAUUGCUACAGUCCAUCUUCCCCGUCUAUAUAGAAGAAUCGUUCUCCUCUACCACCGCAUUCGUCAUUGCAGGCCCCUUGUUAUCUGCAUUACCGUCCAUCCUAGACACACUCCUCUUCGACCUGCGCGUCACGAACCCGGAUAAUCUAGCCACAGUGGUAAACUGCAUGGUCGCCAUAUCCCACGCCUUCAUCCGCGGAACAGAGAAACUCAAGCCACAGGCCCUGCGAGAACCACAUGUACUAGCCGCGAUACGGUAUAUGUGCCAAGCCAUGCUUUCUCUAUUGCCAACACUUGAAUAUGUCUGCGCGCGCAGCUGCGAUGGAGCGAUGAUAUCACAGCCGCCGCAGUUGGUGGCGUAUUUCCACGAGUUUACUGCGUUUCUCACGCAUGUGCUACGUGGGGAUCAGAUUGCGGCGCUGGAGGUGGGGGUACCGCAUUACAGCGCAUCUGCACAUACUUCUCCGUCGUCUAAACACACUAUUGAUCUCCUUUCCUUCACGCGCAGGAGCUUGGUCGACGGCCUUAGGACGAACUGGUCGCAGAACGGGGACGGCGCAGUAUUCUUUGGCCAGAGCAAUGCGAGGAGGGAGGUUGUGUUUGACAUUGGGUUUGUGGAGGAAGAGAGGGGUAAGCUAGAACGGGGUGUUGGCAAUUUACGUGAGAUGAUUGAGGCAUUAUGGGGUGAGUGGAUGGAGGAGCGAGGUUGUGCUGAUUUCAUGGUUGUUUAG